AUGGCUGCUAUCCCGAAGAAAGUGGUGAUUGUCGGCAAUGGAGCCUGUGGCAAGACACGCUUGCUCAUGUUCUUCAGCAAGGACCAGUUCCCAGAGGUGUUUAUGCUUGAGGUGUUUAUGCUUAAGGUGUUUGAGAACUAUGUGGAAGAUUAUGAUCACCUGAGGCCUCUCUCCUACCCAGACACCGAUGUUCUAUUGAUGUGUUUCUCCAGCAAUAGUCCCGAUAGUUUAGAAAACAUCGCCGAAAGAUGGACUCCAGAAGUCAAGCAUUUCUGUCCCAAUGCACCCGUCAUCCUGGUUGGGAAUAAGAAGGAUCUUUGCAAUGAUGAACACACAAAGCGGGAGCUAGCCAAGAUGAAGCAGGAACCGGUAAAACUUGAAGAAGGCAGAGACAUGGCAAGUGGGAUUGGUGCUUUAGGGUAUGUGGAGUGUUGGGCAAAGACCAAAGAUGGAGUGAGGGAGGUUUUUGAAAUGGCUGCGAGAACUGCUUUGUAA